CCUCUUCGACAUCAUGGCGCCGAAGGAAUUGCUGGAAAAGUUCAAUGGCGUGCAGAUGGCUGCGGCGGCAGACAUGCAUGUCCACCUGCGAGAAGGAGACAUGUUGGAGCUUGUCGUCCCAACCAUUCGCCAGGGAGGUGCCAAUACCGUCUUCGUCAUGCCUAAUCUGGUCCCUCCGAUCACGACCGUGAAACACGCUCUGGACUACAAAGAGCGCCUGGAAGAGCUGGAACCGAAUGUCAAGUUCCUCAUGUCACUCUACCUUCACCCGAACAUUCAGCCGGAGACCGUCGUAGAGGCGAAGAGAAAAGGCAUCACCGGCAUCAAAUCCUACCCGCACGGUGUCACGACCAACUCGACUGAUGGCGUGCUAUCGUACGAGCAGUUCUAUCCGGUGUUCGAGCAGAUGGAGAAGGAAGACAUGGUGCUCAAUCUCCACGGCGAGCUCCCACCUUCAGCAGGCGCCGAUAUCACAGUCCUCAAUGCCGAAGAAGCCUUCCUCCCCACACUUCUUGACUUGCAUCGCCGCUUUCCUAAACUGCGGAUCAUCCUGGAACACUGCACCUCCGCAGCUGCCAUCGAGGCGGUCAAGUCGUGCGGUGACAAUGUGGCGGCCACGAUCACUGCUCAUCAUAUGUUCUUGACCGUGG